UAUAUAGUAUCUGUCAGAAUAUUAGGGGAAAAAAUAAGUAUUUCUACUAUUUUAACUCUUAAAAGCAAAAUUUCCUCAAAAAACUUUUUUUGUAACUUAUAAUUCUACAUUAGCCUAUACAGUAUUUCACAGGGUUAUUAUACUUAAAUAAAAUUGAAACUAAAUCCAUAAGAAACCCUUUGCCUCUUGAAAUAUUUUAACUGAAAUUAAAAAAAAAAAUCAGGUAGUUGCCAAGGCAACAUAUCUACUUUUUCAGUUUAAGUUGUACUAAAAUAAAUAAAACUGAAUAAGAAAUUAUAAAAACUACAUAGAUAUACAAAAUAAUAAUAAUAAAAACAAAAACAUUGUUAGUAUUUUAUAAAUACUACUGGUUUUUACCAGAUCAUUACAAAAAUAUUUACCAGAACAUAAGAAAAGAACAAAAUUGUUAAUAGUUAGAAAUGUAUAACAGUUCCUGGUUGACCUUGAAUGAUCCGUGCGCGCGCCUUGAUGAGAUUAAGCGAUGACGCGUCACCGUCCGAGAAAAGAUCACGAGCGGCCGAUGUGUGAGAUCUUCAAACCUCAUCACUUACAGCACAGUUUACCUCUCCAUCUGAACUGAAACAUGGCUGCGUUUAAAAUCUCGUCCUUGAAUGAGCUCAGUAAUUUGUUUUACGGAAUUAAACUUUGACAUUAGGCCUACGAACAAAUAUAUAGGCCUAUAUAUUUUUUUUCCAAAUGACAUUAUUCACAGAGUCUACUUGACUCGACAAAUAGCCGCUGGUACUUGGGAUAACCACCUGGAGGACAAGCAAAACACAUUUUGGAAGUAAAAUACAGGAGUUUUUUUUUUUUGUGAAAUUCCAGGCAGUGGACAAGAAUGAACCCCGUGAAUAUAACCAGUGUGAACGUGUCCGUGUCUGGGAGCCAGCACGCGUUCCAGUACGCCGUCUAUGAGUCUCCGCUGUAUAAGGAGUACAGACCUCCAGCCAGAGAUCUCAUCCAGCUGCCCAGAGUCUUGCUCUACCUGAUGAUGGCCGCCGUGGUGGUGCUCGCCGUCGCUUAUGCCAUUGUGGGACAUUUAAUUAAAGACCUGGCGCAUGACAUCUUGGAUUGGGCUUUAGGUCCAGAUGAGGAGAUCUUAAAGGCCAACAGUGAGGCAGGUGAUGAUGGUUCCACACACAUGCCACCAGGUCUCACACACUCCCACCCCAACGCCUUCCACCUUUGGGAUCAGGACGACGUGGUCAUCCCCCUCUCUCCAGAGCACAGCCCCCAGAACAGCCCUCUUCUGGCUGCUCUACCUUUUAUUCCUCACUUCUUCCCCUCUCCUGGUUCUCACGGUGUGCUCAACAGCCCGGCACUGACCCAAAUACAGCUGGAGGAUAACAAGAGCCCCAACAAGACACCACAAGAGGCCUACGUCUUUCCUUCACCUAAAAUUACAGGACAUAGUUCCACUUUCUCACACGUGUCAUUCCACGAGAGGAGAGAUGCGACUGAUAAAGUUUGAACCACCGAACAAUGGCUCACACGACACUGUAGUCCACGACUUCUUAAAGGAAUAGUUUCCCCCAAAAUGAAAAUAGACUCACCCUCAGGACAUCCAGGAUGUAAAUAAGUUUGUUUCUGCAUCAGAACAGAUUUGGAGAAAUGUAUCAUUUGAUCGCUUGCUCACCAAUGGAUCGUCUGCAAUGAAUGGGUGCCGUCAGAAUGAGAGUUCAAACAGCUGAUCAAAACACCGGCAGCCAUGUCACACUGGAGCCCAAGACCGGUUACUCACUGAAGCUAAGCAGGGCUGAGCCUGGUCAGUACCUGGAUGGGAGACCUUCUGGGAAAACUGGGUUGCUGCUGGAAGAGGUGCUAGUGAGGCCAGCAGGAGGUGCUCACCUUGAGGUCUGUGUGGGUCCUAGCGCCCCAGUGUAGUGAUGGGGAAACAAUACUGUCAACAAGCACCGUCCUUCGGAUGAGACGUUAAACCGAGGUCCUUACUCUCUGUGGUCAUUAAAAAUCCCAGGAUGUCUUUUGAAAAGAGUAGAGGUGUGACCUCGGCAUCCUGGCUAAAUUCGCCCAUUGGCCUCCGACCAUCAUGACCUCCUAACAAUCCCCAUAUCUGCUGAUUGGCUUCAUCACUCUGUCUCCUCUCCAUCAGUAAGCUGGUGAGUGUUGGGCGUUCUGGCGCACUAUGGCUGCCGUCGCAUCAUCCAGGUGGAUGCUGCACACUGGUGGUGGAUGAGGAGAUACCCCCUGACAAUGUAAGCGCUUUGAGUGUCUAGAAAAGCGCUAUAUAAAAUGUAAGGAAUUAUAUUUAUUAUUAUUAACAUCAAAAUAAUCCACACCACUCUAGUCCAUCAAUUAACAUCCAGUCAAGUGAAAAGUUGCAUGUUUUUAACUUCAAAACAGCUAAAAUAUGAGUCCUCUAUCCAUGAUAUAGCUUUUUCCAGGGAUCUGAAGUAUUCACAGAUGAAGCAUUUAUACUGUCAAAAACAGUCCAAACCAGUUCUAAACAAAUAUGUCAGUGGAUUUUGAUGUGAGAGGACAACAGGGGAUGCACUAUUUCACUGGAGGGAACAUUAUUAUAGAUUAUGAUCAAUAAUCUAAUUCUUUGAUCAAUGCCCAAUGAAGAUGUUGUCGGUAUUUACCACAGUACCCUAAACUUUUCUAUUUGACUGCAAAAGCUGGGCCUCAACCUGUGGAGAAUGCGAGGAUGAGUGGCUGUCCUCAAAACAAGUGCUGUUGACCCUAAAUGACCUCAAUAAGUGGAGAGUCAUGUAAGUCCAAGCCGCAUUACCUGGAUGUGUUUGCCCGGUAAUAUAGGAGCAAAGCAAGAGACUGUACGAUCACGUCUGUAGGAUUGUGCCAAUUCAGGAGCAGCCUUCCUCCUGAAGCCAAAAAACAUCCUCAGAGCAGAUUCAGUUCAACGCAGGAUAACCAGCAUACAAUUUUUUUUUUUUUUUUUCAGUUUAUGGAUUUGCAUGGAAGUAAAACUAAACCUGUGGCUAUUUUUUUUAGGCUGCAGCCUCAACAACCAUGGUUAAACUGGAUUGGAUUUAGAAUCCAAAGUGUUAUUGUCAAAGUUUAUUAACCAGUGGCUGUUUUCUAAAAUUAUUAUUUAAUUCUCCAAUGUAUACACUGUGCUUCUCCAAACGGAACACUUGCAAACAUAACAUAAGUAAAAAUGGAGAAGAUAUUUUAAUAUAUUAAUAUUUAAAAUAAAUAUAUUUUAAUAAAAUAAUGAAACAUACGGCUUCAUGACCAGUAAAAUAUUUUAUUUUAUUAAUCUUAUUUUUAAAAAUAAAGGUUCUUUAUUGGCAUCUAUGCUUCUAUUUUAAACUUUCACAAUUCAAGGUGUGGCAAAAAGUUCAUCUUGGACCGUGUGUGUGUGUGUGUGUGUGUGUGUUGCUUCUAUUUCCGUUGUGUUUAAGGUUUGCUGAAUGCUAUGUUUUGCACCAUUAGUGGAUCAGCUUAUCUGACUAGCUGAUCAAGAGCAAGAGUUAAAGAGUUUAGUAAGGAUGUUAUUAUCAGAUUAGACUCCUCUCCUCUGUGAGUUCAACCUGAGUGGAAACCAGUGACAGAUAUGGCAAAUCUCACACUCUCAUAAUUUAUUUCCUCUUGUAGUUUUCAAGUUAUUUUACACAUAUUUAUGACAUUAUUCUGAAUAAACAUGCUGUACUUGUUAAUAUUUGGACUUAAAUGAAAUCUGAGUGCUGGUGACCUCAUCUGUACACCUGUUAUUAAUAAUAAACCACAUUCAUGAAGCUUGCAAUCAUAUUGAUUGUGCUCUAAUAUUUAAAA